GAAAAAUAUUCUCUGAAUAGAAAAUUUUUGAAUGAAAUGUACAUAACAUCCAAAAGCGUUGCUCAAAAAGUUAGAAGAAAAAAAACAUUCGGAUUUUUAAAAUUGUUUAAACACAACGCAUUUCGGGGAGCGUUUAUAAUUUUAAUUUAAGGUUUCUCGUGAAAAUUUAAAACUAUAAACUAACAGUUGACAACUACUAAAUCGAAUUAUAUUCAUUUUCUUUGCUUUACCGUUUAACUUUAGUGUCUCAUUUGGUGUUGACAAUCACAAAUUUUGUUCCAGUAAGUCGUUUUGACCUUCUCAUGCUCUUUUAACUGUUUCCAGGAGAUUUUUAUCACCUUUUUAAGUUAAAAUGCAUUUAUUCUCUCCAUAACACAACGCUUUGACUAUUUGGUAAAAAUUUGAACUCCGCUAGUUCCCAGCCAAGGUUUUCAAUAUUUUACACUUAAUAUUAUCUUGCUCCCUUUAGCUAAUCACGUUCGAGAUAUUAUUUGUGCUAUGCAUAACAGACAAGUUUAUGUUUUAUAUUUCAUUCUAUUUGGAUUUUAGUUUUGAAUUGUAUAAGAACAUGCAGGAAAACACAGUGGUGCGGUUUGAUAACGAGAGUUAUUCACAUGUCGUCGAAAUUAAGAAAAAGAAUGCAGAAGGCGUGACAGAGUUGCAAUCAAGUAAUCAAUAUCAUCAGAAGAACGAAAAACACCAGCUAGUUCAAGGUAUUCGAGAACUUCAAAUCACGUUAUCUAACAAGGAAGGGGAAAGGAAAAUCAUAACGAUUAACGACAUGAAGAAAUUUAUCUUUUCCAACAACAUCGUGGAAAUGGAGAAGCUACUCAUCUCCAACUCAAACAUUGUUCAUAUGACUGAUGAAGAAGGACACACACCAUUGAUGGUAACAGCAAAUUUCUCUGACAAUCCCUUAAUGGUUCAACUUCUUGUUGCGCAUGGAGGUAACAUUUGGGCUAUGAAUACACAUGGAGCAAAUUGUUAUCAUCUUGCGGCUAUGCUUGGUCAUCACCAAACUUUAAAAGUGCUAUGUCAGAACGAUGUUACGAAUAUUAAUUGCACAAAUGAUCUCAAUCGUACAGCAUUGCAUUAUGCUGUGGUUUCGGGGGAGGUUAGAAGCGUUGAAGUUCUGUUGCGUCAAAACAACAUUGACACUUCUAUCAGGGAUGCCUAUGGAAGGACUGCGCGUGAUGUUACUGGGUAUAGGACCCACCAAGAAAACCGUGAAAAAAUUAUCAAAAUGAUCGAGAAUCACGCAAAAUAGGACUACUUUAUACCAAGAAAUAAAGAAAGAAUUACAAAAAAUGACGCAAACUGAUAAUUUAAAAACAAUUUUAAAUAAAUGUUGUAAAAUAUUUUAACUCUAAAUUUUUACUCUGCUCCCAUAACUAUUUGUAUUUUAUUUGUCUGUCAAA